AUGCAUUUAUUUCAUGCUAAGUUUCCUCAUGAAGGCUUCUCCCAUCGCCAGGCGACGAGGCUCGUGCUCCUGGGAAAGACGGGCAGCGGGAAGAGCCGCUCGGGAAACACCAUUCUUGGAAGGGAGGAAUUCCUGUGGCUGGCCAGUGCGAACUCGGUGACACAGCAGUGUGACAGAAUCACCGGGGAAAUUAACGGCAGGCGCGUCUCCGUGGUGGACACCCCGGGGGUCUUCGACACGCUCCAGUCCCACGAGGAUGUCAAGAGGGAGAUUUUGAGGUGCAUGGCUCUGAGCGCCCCGGGACCCCACGCCUUCCUCCUGGUGGUGAAGCUGGGGAGACAGACCGAAGAAGAGAGGGAGGCCGUGCGGAGAGUCCUGGCGCAGUUCGGCGCGGAGGCCCUGAGGUACACCCUGGUCCUCUUCACCCACGGAGAUCAUCUCAAAGGGGACAUCCGCGCGUUUGUCAAGAGCAACGAGCACCUCAGGGAGCUUGUGCAGAGGUGUCAGGGGUACCACGUCCUCAACAACAACGACGCGGGCGACCGCAGGCAGGUCACCCAGCUCCUGGAGAAGAUCGACUCCGUGGGGGAGCAGAACUCCGAGCCCUACUACACUAACGACACGUUCCGCAGGGUGGAGACGGGCCUCCGGAGAGAGCAGGAGGAGAUCCUGAAGAGCAGGUACCAGGCCGUGCCCCCGGAGGGGUCUGCCUGGUCCGCCGUGUCCGAAGAGGCCACACAGAGCUUCACGCGCAAGCUCCUGAGCGUGCUGGCGGGGGUGACCGUCGGGGCGCUCCUGGGGGCGCUGCUGGGGGCGGCCGUGGGGGCGAGCGCGAUCGCUCUUGUGGCUGCAGCAGUCCCAGGCGCGGCGAUCGGUGGUGUUGUGGUGGCGGCAGGGGCAGUGGUAGGGGCAGUGGUAGGAGGGGCUGCAGGGGAGCGGGCAGAGGGCCCAGCACAGGCGAUCAAGGCCACAGUAGGCAUCAUGGUUAAAGCUGCAAAAAAUGUGAUUCAAGCAACCGCAGGAUCAACAACAAAGGAGUGGUAA